AUGAAGCGGAACACGAAGGCGCGCGAGAGUGCCUUGUCGAUGGCAGCGCGGCCUCUCUACUCGGUCUGCUGCGUGCGCUACAAGGAGAUCAAGGAAGAGGAGCCGAGCACGGCCUCUGGGCCCCAGCUGCUGGGCUUUGCAGAGCCCUCGGGAGGUCCUUACUUCAUUCUGGCCUUGUUGCUGGAUGUGAACAGUCUCUGUCGCUUGGAUGCCACGUGCCGAUUGCUUCGGCAACUCAGCCGAGCUACCAUGGGCCCGUGGCGCGAAUUGGGUGCCUCUGCCUACCGUGGUAUGGAGCUGGAGCGAGACGGCACCUUCGAACAGCCAGAGUCUGCCGACAUCCAGAGCAACUCUAGGAAGUUGACGCGGGUGGAUUGGAAAGGGCGGUUCCAGCACUUUAAGCACAACAUACCCACUUUUUGCACGCCAUUCGGUGGUCGUGAGAUCACCUGCGUGGCACACCCGGACGAGGUGGCGUACCUAAGGUGUCGCCUUUGCACGGAUGUGGUGCGUGCCAGCACGCAGGGAGUCUACCUCGAGGUAGAGGUUGCAACAAACCCCGACAACCUCAGCAUGGCGGUUGUGGAUUUCGAGGCAGGCGGCUGCAGCAGCGUGACUUUCAGCCCGGACACUGGGGCAGUGAUUCGGGAGCGGAAGGUGCGUGAAGCCCCACGGAAGGUUGAGGGCGCGUACAUCCAGCCCUUGCCAACGGUGACAACGGGCCGCCCUUUUCAUGGGCUGAUGGGUCUCUACCUGUGCAAGGACAGACUGGCGUUCUUCAGGAGGUGCGAGGUGCCGGCGGCGCCGGUUGAAGGUGGCGCUCAGAGCGAUUCAAACACACCGCCAGGGCUGGCAGGUGGCAGGUUCUUCCCGCCUCUCCGCGGUCGACCCGAGCCAGACCGAACAGAGAUGGGGCCGUGGGAGACCACGGGCUUUGUCUCUGACUUGGACUGGGCAGAGGGCCGUCGCCUGACGCCAUGCCUCGCCUUCCGCGAUGAGGGCGCCUACUGCGUCCGAAUCGUGAGAAUUGGUGCAACGCCACCGAUCGACAUACAGAGUGCCUCCCAGCCUGGCUCCAAAAUUCGUGAACAGGAGGAUGUUCAGGUGAAGGAGCCGACAAUACGAUGGCACCAGUCAGAGAGAUGCCAGGAGGUGAAGGAAUUUGCGCCAGACCCUGCUGUGCUGAAGAUCAACCUAGACCUGUCCAAAGUGUGGUCUGCGCUGUCAGGCGAGGCUCUCCUGGCCAUCCAGGGCAUCGAGAACAUGAGCUGGAGCAUGAACCUGGAAAUCAGGAAGUCGGUGGGCUUUGAGGAGAUCGAGCUUGCGGUGACAUCCAAGACACUGCUGACUGGUGACCUCCAAGGAGUCGUCAUGUCCAUGCCCGGCAUUCCGACGACGGCCUUCAGAAACGUUUCCUUCAAGGCAAAAGCCAAAGACCCGCGUCUGCCACUGCUGUCGCUAUCGGCGAAGGUUCUGAAGGAGAACGGCCGGAACGUCCUGAAAUUUCCAAAAGAGGAUCGAGACGUGAACAUCCAGCUCGAAGAUCUCAAGGUGCGUGGGAAUGGGACUUACUGGAGUGGAACGGUGGCCCGCCUGACAAACCUCUUCAGCAGGGUGGGCGCCGUCAACAUCAAGGCUUUCCAGCAGAUCCUUGCCGCGUUGAUCUUCCGAUUUGUGGUGAACCUGGCAAACGAGGCGAUCCCGUCUGAGCUUCUCGGGUUGAUGGGGAGCAAGGAUCAUGGUAUGCUCGCUGACUUGGUGAUGAACGUGGCAUUCUAUGGUGCCGGCAAUCCAGAGGAUCCAGAAAUGUCGCUCUUCGUGGCUUCGAGAAGCCUCGCUAUUGAAACGUCACAUGCAGGUUUGACGGACUUCGUGAAUGGUGCUUUCGAUGGCCUGCGGGAACUUGGCUUGUCUGAUGAUUUCGAGAAGAGUCGUCAGAAUCUCCUGAAGUUGGCCGUGGAAGAAGAGUUGAACACGAACAUCAAUGUAUCCAACUUCAUGGCCGCAGACUUUUUGGACUCCCAUCCCAAUGGUUGGGGACCCGGCAUAAGCAUCAGCGUCAAGAUGGACAUGACCGGACAGGCAGUGGAUGCGUGGAAUGCGGAGGAAGGUGAAGCUGCAGGCCUUGAGGACCUGGAGCUAGCAAAUGACUUCCCCGAUAUGCCGUUUAUGAGUUUUGGAGAGUCCUGUCUACACAACAAGAGUUGGAUCGAUUCGACAAGGAGCUGCAGAAACUGGGCCCUGGAAGCGAGAACGUUGCAAGGCGAGAAGGAUGUAAAUGACAUUGCUUUCGAGCAGUCCAUGCAGUUGUUUGGGUCAUGGGUGCACAUGGCGUUGAAGAAGGCCUUCCCAUCUCUAUUCCGGAGGCCUUUGGAGGGGCAGGUUCUUGCCACAGCACAGCAAUGGAAAGAGAACUGCCGUUAUGCCAUGCUCUCCCUCCCUUCUGGGGAGUGGUGGACUCCGCUCUUGGCCGUUUAUGAAGUUCUUCAAAUCUACAACCCGGACGUGUCUGAGCUUCACGAUGUUUGGAGGAAUUUCCGCUUGGUCGCCAUGCUUCGACAAACAACUUACACACAUCCCGUGGCAGGGCGAAUGGUGGCCAUCGGGGAAGGUCUGAAACACGGGCCCUCACUGAGAAUGAGCUAUGCCGGAAAGUGGCAUGAUCUUCUCAAGCUUGUUCCGCCAGGAAUGUUGUACUUGUAG